AUGGCUGACACCUGCAACGAGCCCUGCGUGCGGCAGUGCCCCGACUCCACGGUGGUGAUCCAGCCCCCGCCCUCGGUGAUCACCUUCCCCGGGCCCAUCCUCAGCUCCUUCCCGCAGUACAGCGUUGUUGGCUCGGCGGGAGCCCCCGGAGUUGGAGGGGGCUUUGGUGGCACUUUUGGAGGCCGCGGCGGUUUUGGAGGCCUUGGGGGCUACGGAGGCUAUGGGGGCUACGGAGGCUAUGGGGGUUGCGGAUAUGGCAGCUGGGGCCGAGGCCACAGGUACCUCAACGGCAAAUGUGGACCCUGCUAA